AUGAAUAACUUGAUGACUAUACCACUUUUUAGCACUCCAAUCAAUACUUGGAAUACAGAUUAUCGAACUAUUACUUAUGGUAAUUAUGGUUAUGGAGUUUAUUCACAAGAUGUUGAAUUAUAUCGUAAUCCAUAUACAGAACGUCUGAAUGUUGAACGUGAAGUUGAUUUUAUUCCAAUAGGUACUUCCAAUGAUCUCGGGUAUAAUUCUAAUCGUAAUUAUGGUUUUGAAGCUUCAAGAAAUGUACUAUUUAGCGACAAGGUGGCAAUUUAUGAAGAUGAUCAACUGUUAAUCGAUGAUACACCACUUGGUAUUUCACCAGUACCAACUGCAGGAAUCAUGGCUGCCGCUGUCGUAUUUAACCAAGAAAUCUUAGCUAGCAUAGGUCUUUUCAAGGAAUGGUCACACGAAGUAUUCAACAAUCUGAAGAACAUUGAUGAGAGUCGACAUGCAUCGCUCGAUGAUAUUGCUGAAGAAAUGGGUAAUUGUUUACGAGAGGCCAAUUUGAACAGCCACAUCGGUAUUUGUCGCAUUCACAAUCAUUUCAAAGUCAAUCCAAAUGAAGUUGUUCAGAUGUCUUUGGGAUCAUCUAUCGAUGAUUAUAUGGCAAAGGUAGAAAGCAAUGCUACUGUCGCUCAUAUUAAGCCUGUUGAAGUGAAAAGAAAAUUGGAAUUUAUUCCAAUUCCAUACAUGUGGGGAUUUGACAAGGCCAGUCGUCAGUUUUUUCCUAUGGAGUUCUUCGACGGAUCAAAUGUCAUCAUGCAAAGUCGAUUUAUUGAAACGGUGAUUGAAAAACGCCUUGAAUUGAUUGAUUUUCUACAUCGUUUCAUUGAUCGAGUGAGUGCAACUGGUACAGAAGAUGAUUUGGGCUUCUACCUACGCUAUGACAAUUUAAUAAACAAACAAAUUGACGAAGGCUUAGUUGAAGACACUGACGUGAACCGUCGUAAACAGUGGAUUCUGCCAAAAACUAAGAAAACCAUGCAAGAGACUUUGGAAGAAAUAAAGAAAAUCGAUCAACAUGCAUUCAUUGCACGUACACAUUGGUACUUCGAAGGUGAUUCAGAGACAAAGACUGUAGAUUGUUGCCAUUGUACUCAUUGCUGUCGUCACUGA